AUGGAAAAGAAAACGGAAGAAGUUCCAGGGCAAUUUGCCCAUGGACUGCCUCUCUUCCUGCAGGGAUUCGGUGUUGGAUUAUGUCUCUUUCUGCCGUGUGUCAGUGCCAGCAUCAUCAGCACUUCGCUGGUAACCAUCACCAGCGACCUACACCAGUUCAGCCAGAACAGCUGGGUCAUCACUUCCUAUCUCAUUGGCUAUACCAGCUUUCUGAUGAUCUGGUCCAAAUGUGGUGACGUGCUUGGAGUCAAAUCUUCUUUUCUUAGCGCGUUGACCAUUUUUGUCGCCUUUGCUGUCGGCUGUGGAUCUGCUCAAACCAUGAAUGAACUUAUCAUCUGUCGUGCCUUUCAGGGCAUUGGCGCAUCUGGGGUCAAUACACUUGCCUUUUUUACCUUCAUCCGUCUGGUGCCUGCCAGUAAAUACGGCAAUGUCACCACCGCCGCAGCCACCGUGAUGAGUCUCGGCUGGAUCCUGGGGCCAUUGCUCGGAGGCGCCAUCUGUGUCUCGGGCGCAUGGCGAUGGACCUUUCUCUUCAAUGCCCCCGCCGGAAUCAUCGCAUGGCUGAUCGUCUACUUCAUGAUCCCCAAUAACUUUCCGCAUCAUUGCGAUCCGGUAGAAGGAAAAGAGCAGGAGAGCUUCUGGGAUGCUCAAAUGACACUACUGCGUCGAGUCGACUGGCUCGGUGCGUUCCUAAUGCUCGUUGGCUCCCUCCUGAUCACGGCUGCUCUGGCAGAGGCCGACGUCCGAUUCAAAUGGUCUUCUGGUCUAGUCAUCAGCUUUAUGACUAUUUCCGUCAUCGCGUUUAUCGCUUUCAUGGUCUGGGAAUGGGCAAUCAGUCGACGAGCCUGGAAAGUCGAACCCAUGCUUCCGUGGCGGUUUCUGUAUAACCGUGUCUGGAUGGGCGUUUUGAGCGGUUUCCUCCUGGUAGGACCGUCUAUGACAAUUCUGGCGAUUGAACUCCCCCAGCGGUUCCAGACGGUCAAUGCCUCGUCCCCUCUGGGAGCUGGAGUGAAGCUGCUGGCCUACGCCGCCGCGCAACCGGUUGGCUCGCUGCUUUCCUCUCUGUCGUCGUCAAGACUUCAAAUCCCAUUUAUUUAUAUCCUCCUCGUUGCCGCUAUCCUCCAGACCGUCGGGUCGUUUCUUCUAUCAUCACUCCCAACCACAGUCGACUUCUGGACAGGCCAGCUUGGAUACAUGGUCAUCGCAGGAUUAGGGGUUGGCGCGUCCACCACAACCCUUGCCGUGAUGAUCCCUCUGACCGUGGAAAAGGCAGAUCAGCAAAUCGCCAUUGGAAUCGCCCUCCAACUUCGAAUGCUGGGAGGUGUUCUGGGUAUUGCCAUUACAAAUAGCGUUCUAAACGCAUACACCAAGUCCCAUCUCCCGAGACUCAUCCCCGCAGCCGAUCUCAGCGCCCUCCACGACUCAGCCAAAGCGCUUGAUUAUUUCCCGCUGGCGACGCAAGCUGCGGUUCGGGCUGUCUAUGGGGCAGCGUUUAAUAAGCAGAUGCAGGUUGUAGGGGGGUUUUCGGCUGCACAGCUCGUGUUUACCUUGAUUAUGUGGCAGAAGCAGCCUUUGCAUAUGAUUAAAAAGUAA